AUGUUGUUCAACAUGAAGUCCGUCAUUCUCUACGGCCUCAUGGCCAUCGCCCAAUCCUCUCCCCUUCCUGUCUCGGAUAACAAGGAGGGCGAUCUCAGCAAACGAGCCAAGCUUGGGGACUUCCUUUGCCCUGACGGCACAACGGUUCUUGAGGCAGAUGUCCGGCAAGCCUUCCACGAGUGCAGAAGAUUAAAUGACGGUAGUAUCGGGAAAUACCCAGAAUUUUUUGGCAAUAAGAACGGCAACGUCAAAGUCUUCACCAACAUCCCAGAUAACACGGAUCUCAGAGAGUUUCCGAUUAUCAAAGGGGGUGUAUACACAGGUGAUGGUUCUCCCGGAGCAUACCGUGUUGUCACCGACUAUAAGGACAACAAAGGGGACUUCAGAGGUGUUAUGCAGCACACCGGGCCUACAGUUGGAGGCGCCUAUCAAGCCUGCACACUUGUCACCAACACCAAGAGGGAUGACGGAGACAAGAAUAGGGACAAGGAAAACAAAGACAAGGACAAGAGCAACAAGCAUAAGGAUGCCAGCAACAGUGUCAGAACCACCUCCCCUGUCUCCGUUCCCAACCAAGACGUCAACGACCUUGCCAUCCGCUCCAAGAAGAAGAAGGUCGGCAGCGCCAUCUGUAACGGAGUGGAACUGUCCAAGGAUGAUGUCGCCAAUGCCUUUGCCGAGUGCAAGAAGCACGACGACAACGCUGUUGGCGGCAGCUAUCCUCAUUACUUCGGUAACCAGAGCAAUGGCCCAGUUUUCUCGGUCACUAAGGAUUUACGCGAGUAUCCCAUCAUCCGAGGUGGAACUUGGACUGGCAACGGGGCCCCUGGCCCAUACCGUGUUGUCACUGACUACAAGAACAACUUUGUCGGCGUUAUGAUUGAAGGUGGCGGUGCCGCAUUCCAAAAGUGCACUGUUAACAGCGACUAA